AAAAUUUUGUCUCCGAGCCCAGAUUCCAACCAUUGACAGAAUAGGAUCGACUCCAUAUUGACCGGAAUGCUGGGUAAAUUUUACUCUAUCUACACCUACAGGAAGGGAGACUGCUCACAAAGGUUCGCAGGUGAGCGAUCCUUUAAAACCAACAGUCCCACCUCGGAGAUCUUGUUAACUACAAUGGUGUUUUCCUGGAGAGGAGGCCCAGGAGCCCCGCGACUGCUGCUGUCGCUUCUGCUCCUUGCAGCGGGGGAACCCGGGAGCUGCCAGGUCCACUACUCGGUCCCGGAAGAGGCCAAACACGGCACCUUCGUGGGCCGCAUCGCACAAGACCUAGGGCUGGAGCUGGCGGAGCUGGUGCCACGCCUGUUCCGGGUGGCGUCCAAAGGACACCGGGACCUUCUGGAGGUAAAUCUGCAGAACGGCAUUUUGUUUGUGAAUUCUCGAAUCGACCGGGAGGAGCUGUGCGGGCGGAGCGCGGAGUGCAGCAUCCACCUGGAGGUGAUCGUGGACAGGCCGCUACAGGUUUUCCAUGUGGAGGUGGAGGUGAAGGACAUUAACGAUAACCCACCCGUGUUCAGAGAAGAAGAGCAAAAGGUACUGAUUUCUGAAUCUGCCCGGUUGGAUUCUCAUUUUCCUCUAGAGGGCGCUUCCGAUGCGGAUAUCGGUGUAAACUCUCUUCUGACCUAUAGGUUAGGUCUAAAUGAGUAUUUUACUCUUAAAAUAAUAACGAAAAACGACAAAAGUAUAUUGCCUGAACUAGUUCUACGGAAGUCUUUGGAUAGAGAGGAAACUCCAGAACUUAAUAUAUUGCUGACCUCCCAGGAUGGGGGUAAGCCCGAGCUAACAGGAUCUGUUCAGAUUAAAAUAAGCAUUUUGGAUGUGAAUGAUAACGCUCCAGAGUUUGAUAAGCCUGGCUAUAAAGUAGUGCUGUUUGAAAAUGUCCCAAACGGCACGAGAGUGAUUCAGCUAAACGCUUCUGAUCCAGACGAAGGGGUGAAUAGAGAAAUUUCCUAUGGAAUCAGACUGAUUUUGCCAGUGAGUGAGAAAUGCAUGUUUUCAAUAAAUCCAGAAACAGGUGAAAUCAGAAUUUACGGGAAAUUGGAUUUCGAAGAGAAUAAUGAGUAUGAAAUUCAAGUUAACGCCAUUGAUAAAGGGAUUCCUUCCAUGGCAGGUCAUUGUACAGUCCUAGUGGAAGUUCUGGAUCUGAAUGACAAUAACCCUGAGAUAAUGAUCACUUCGCUGUCGCUCCCAAUGCUAGAGGAUGCUCAGGUGGGCACCGUCAUCGCCCUGAUCAGCGCGUCCGACCAUGACUCUGGUGACAAUGGGCAGGUGACCUGUUCAUUAACACCCCACGUUCCCUUCAAGCUGGUGUCCACUUUCAAGAACUACUAUUCGCUGGUGCUGGACAGCGCCUUGGAU